UACCUACCUAGUACCUACUACCUACCUUUUAUUUUGGUCGACCUUUCAAUUAUGCAUAAUAAUUAUGCGUAAACUAAUAAAACACGUUUCAAAAGUGGGGAUAUUCCUAUUUGAUGCAAUAAAUUUGUCUUUUAUUGUAGGCAAGUACUGGAGGCUCCAUUAAAAAUAGUACAAAAAUGUCGUUUUCUGUUCCUCUUCUGCAGUUUGUGGCUUUCUUGGUUAGUUUGCCAUUUUACCUACUAAGAUGUAUUUGCAGUUGGUCUCAUAGUGCCAUUAAUACCUAACCAUGUGCGACAGAUGGGAGGUAACCACAUUUAUGUUGGCCUGCUGGGCUCGAUGUUUGCAGGUUUUCAAUUGCUGUCCGGUCCAGUCAUAGGUAGUUUGAGUGACCUGAAGGGACGGAAACAGAUACUAAUUUUAACAAUAUUAGUAUGUUGUGUAGCUUACUUGAUAAUGGGAGUAACAAAUUAUUUUGCAAUUAUUUUACUAAUGCGACCAGUUUUAGGUAUAUUUAAACACACUCAGUUGUUAGCAAAGGCGUCGGUUCCUGAUUAUGAGUGCGAUGAGAUGAAACAGUCUGUGAUAUAUGGAAAAAUGUUUGCAAUAUGUGGUGUGGGAAUUGCAUUAGGACCAAUUGUCGGUGGUCAUAUUGUUGAAGAUCAUCCAAUUCAUGGCUUCAGAUUUGUAGCUAUAUUAGUAGCUAUAUGCUUUCUUGUCAAUGCUUGUCUUGUUUAUUUGCUGCCAAAAGUAAACGUUCCUGUAAGAAGAAAAUUUAACCCUACCAGCUCUUCUCAUAGUAUUCUACAUUCACUUCUAUCUUGUAGUAAACAAUCUUUUGUUCAGUUAUCAAAAGUAGAAUGGUCCAAAUAUUGGAUUAUUUUUAUGUUUCAAGCCCUAAGUAGUUUUGCAAUGGGUGUUUACGUUUCAAAUUAUGCACUAUACUUAAAAACCCAGUAUGGCCUUUCACCAAAAUAUAUUGGGUAUGUUGUUUCGAUUCAAGGUGUUAUUGGCGCCAUAUCAGGUUUUAUGAUGGGCUACAUUAACAGCUUUUACACUCAUGACAAAGAUUAUAGCAUAAGAAAUUAUCAUGUAUUUAUUCUGUUAAGUGCAUCUUUGUUAGGAAUAUGUUUAUCUAUCAACAUUGUAAUGUACACUGCUUUGUCAAUCCCGCUAGCCAUUGGUAAUGCAGUAGGUAGGCUAGUUACAUUAGAUAUGCUCUUGAAGAGGAGUCAUGGAGAUCAUAGAGGGACCUUGAUAGGAGCUUCAAAUAGUGUCAGGUCUCUAUGUCAGGUCGUAGCACCUUUGGUAGCUGGAUUCAUAGGUGAAUUCUUUAAUGUAGCAUAUGUUAUAUAUGCUUCAUUCUUUUCCGCAUCUAUUGGGCUUAUAAUGAGUUUUCAUUACAAAACUAAAUGGUUGUUAAAGGUAGACUAAAAAGUUACAUACAAAAAUAGAACGCUAUUAUUACCCGACUGCGGCAAAGCCAAAAGGAAGAAGGGUUAUGAUUUUAGCAGUCUAUGUAUGUAUGUUUGAAUCCAGAUUCUGU